CAACUGCAACUCUGGGAAGGCGGCUGGUUGGCUCAUCCUGUGACAGGCGGCGUGGGGCCCCGGUUGUGCCCUCGGUGGCGAGGCAGAGGAGAUCGGGAGUCGGCGACCCUGCGCAGCGCCAGCGGCGGGGCACGGGAAAGCCCGGGAGCAGCGCAGCCACGGUCCAGGAUGGGGUUUUUUAUGUCUAAAUCCAUGGAUGAAAGCCUAAAGAAACAGCAAGAGUUCAUGGCAGCAAACAGUGCUCUCCAGCUGGAGAGGCAGAUGUUGAUGCAGAACGAGAUGAGGCAGAGGCAAGUGGCAAUGCAGAUUGCAUGGUCCCGCGAAAUAAUAAAGUACUUUGGAACUUUCUUUGGACUUGCAACUGUUGGUUUAACAAUAGGAGCCAUGAAGAAGAAGUCACCAAGGUUUCUGGUACCCAUUGUUCCCCUGAGCUUCAUUUUUGCCUAUCAGUAUGAUCUGGCAUAUGGAACGUUAAUGAUGAGAAUGAAAGAUGAGGCAGAGAACAUAAUUGAUACAGAGCAAACACUACUUGAGAUGCCAAAGGGAGUGCCAACAUUUGAAAUCAUCGAAAAAGCAAGGAGGGCUCGCAGUACAUUUUUCAUUCAAAAGUAGGCUACCAGAUAAAAAAAAUGACCCAAGGCGUAGAAUGUGGAUCAAAGAGGAAGAAUGUAUGAAUGGUAUACACUUGUUCCUGUAUGGAUCUGUGAAAUCAACCUGUAGUAUUUGGCUUUAAUAAAUUAUCCAUUCUUUAAUAAA